UCAUUAUCGAAUUUUCUGUGUUUUGAACACAAUGUUGCUUUUCGAUGAUUUAGCGAGAUUUACAUAACUUCGGUUACAUUUGGAUCCUACCUAUCUUUUGAAAAGUUUAUUGGACUCUCCGGUACAAUAUGCAAUCGGUUCCAACUGGUCUGCGAACUCAUUCACAAAAAGUAUGCAGCUUUUACAAAGAAGCUGCGCGUUGUCUUGAGAGUUGGUACACCCAGUAUCAUCAAAAUAGAGAACAGAUUUUGAUGUUGCGCAAGGAAAUCGAUAAUAAUGCUAAUAUCAAAGAUCUCCGGGUAGCAAAGGAACUUCUUCUCAGAGGAAAAAACAUACUUUUCCAAAUCCAACAUCCCCAGCCAAAGAAAUUUCCAACCUCACCUGGUGGUUGUGCUUACGAGAGGGAGGUCGAACCUCGUGACUGGGUACUUGACUUCUGGGAACCAAUGGAAAAAGCUCAGUAUCCAAAGUAUUUUGCUCUUCGUGAAAAGCGCAAGUUGGAAUACAUCAAAUUGUAUGACAAAUUGUACCCGAAUGCACAGAAGAAAUGGGAUCAUUUCCAUUAAUAUUGUUACUGCAACAACACAUUAUAUUUAGAUGUUAUAUUGUACGUUAGUCGAUGAGAAAUAAAUCCGUUUGACGAUUUUUUCUCUUCAA